CAGUUGACAGUUGACACUAAGUUGCCUGUUGACAUGUAUUAUUAUUUGUGUUUGGAGUUAUGUUUUCAUUCUUCUUUUAUAUCCGGUAGCUAUCAAUAAUCUGUGUUGUUGUUAAGUAGAGCUAAAUGCUAAUCGUCUGGUUUCAACUUUGUAUUAUAAUUAUAUGUUAUACUCUCGCAUCGAGUUAUUGUGUAGUUAAGCUUUAUUAUUCUAUCAUCCAUGGCUGCAAAUAAAUUGUCCGAUACAAAUGAAACUAUAAGUAUACAGUACAAGAUAAAUAUGAUUAAUUAUUACUCAAAAGAGUCAUUCAGUGGACCAUGGACGCGUAAAUGGGUUCGAGACAUAAAAUAUAUGUUAACGUCUGUUCCAAAAUUGUCCUUGUCUAAAGUAGGCUUGUAUCAUAAAUUUGUAAAAGACAAAUUCGAAAUCAGAGGAGUUUAUGAAGGAAGUCAUCUAUAUAGAGUGCUGAAAACCUCUGAGGAGGAGAUAAGUUUGCCUGUUCUGCCUUUUGAGGAUGCAUUUGAUACAAUAUGGCAAGCACAUUUAGCAUGUGACCAUGGUAAUGUUACUGAAAUUAUGAAGCUACUUAAAAAAAGCUACUUCAUAGACAUAGCAUGUGUCCGAGAAGUUGUAAAUGUAUGUCCUGUUUGUACAAAGAAGAACACAUCCGAUGAUGCUUUAAAAACUGUCUUCAAUGAAAGGGCGCAGAUUGUAUUUCUUGACAUGACCUCCACUCCGGAUGGAUUUUAUAAAUACAUACUUAUUUAUAUUGAUGAAGCCACCGGACUGACACAAUUGAGAGCUGUUACAAACCUGGCGAGCACAGAAAUAGCAAUGAAAUUACUAAAUAUAUUUACUGACAUAGGCCCUCCUAAAAUUCUUAAUAUCGCUGAUUCUGUAGUUGAUUAUAUAAGGGUCAUGGAUAUUAUAAAUAUAAUUCUUCAUCCCUGUGAUGUCACCUUAGAAGCUAAGGUACAAUAUAAUCGCAGAGCUGAUGAAAUUAACAAGUUGGUUACAGAGUGGAUGGUAAAUGAAGGCAGUGCACAUUGGGAAAUUGGAUGUUAUGUGGUGCAAUGGAAAAUUAAUAACACAAUUGGCAAGGAGAAAACGCCACACCAAUUAGUUUUUGAAAAUUAUAAUUUUAUAGAAUCUGAGAUGGUUAAUACUGAAAUUGGACCUGAAAAUAGUGGCCCUUCCGGAGCCACAGAUCUGCUUACAUUAAAUACAUUACAAUCUGAAACAGUUCAUUCUGAAAUUGUACCUGAAGAAAGUGGCCCUUCCCAAGCCACAGGUCUAUCUACAUUGAAUUCAUUAAAAUCUGAAACAGGUCAUUCUGAAAUUGUACCUAAAGUAAUUGGUCCUUCCAGAGCCACAGAUCUACCUUCAUUGGAUUCAUUAGUUAGAAUAGAUUUAUAUAUAGAACCAGACACACCUACAUCAAUUCCAGAUCAAACUUAUGAAAAUAUUUUUGAUAGUGAAUUUAUAAAAGAAGAACCGAAUAAAGAAUUUGAGCAUAUACUUAUUGAUCCAAUAGAUGAUCAGGAAUUGAAUACACCUGAAGAUAUAAAAAGAAAAACUUAUGUUAAUAAAAGAAAAAGAACUGUGAAAAGUAAACCAAGUGUUAUGAUGGAGAAUGUCAACACUGAAUCAGAAUUAUCCCAAAUUAUUAUCAAAAAAGAGCCUCAAGAAAAUUGCUCCUCACUCAUGGAAGUUGAUGGUGCUCUCUCAAAUGUUGAUCGAGAUAUAAAAAGUGAAGCAGAAAUAGUAAAAAUACCAAGAUAAAUGAAUUUUCCUCUAGUGGAAAUAUUUGUAGUGAAUGCCAUUUAGAGAUAAUAGCUGAGUCAUAUGUUUGUGUCAAAUGUAUGAAGAACAUACAUUAUAAAUGUAGAGGGAAAGUUAUUGGGAAUGCUGCAGAUGAUCCCUUAGUCUGCCGGACAUGUGAAAAAAAAAGCGAAACCUUAUAAAAUUGAUUAUAGUGUUCGUAAAUUAAAUUUUCAUUUAUAAAAAAACGGUUGUACAUUUAUCAAACAAUACACUUAGUUACAUAAUAAAGUUUGUUAUUAAGUUUA